AGCGAAGAAGAAAGUCAAAUUUAUUUCCUUUUCAGGAAAAGAAAAACAGUUGUCCAACAGCGGUUGAAAAACAUCAGUUUUCUCGGCCUCCUGGAGUAAUCUGGAGUAGCGAAAGGAAGAAACAUCGAGUAACUUUUAGCAAAAGGUAAUCAUGAACAGUAUACGAUCCAGACCAGACAUUUCCCUUUACGGGUGAUGGCAGUACGUCUGCAGACGUUUGAAAGUAUCUUGAGUGAAACGGAAGUCGGAAACGAAAAGCAACCACCAGUCGAGUUUACAAGUUUUACAGGGGUUUGUAUUGAAAAGCAGCAGUUGGAGAACAAUUUCUGCAGUGGAGACAGAACAGUGGAAGAUGAGCCUGCAUGGUGCCAGUGGGGGGGGCUGUGAGCACUCACGUGACCGCCGAUGUUCCAGUGAUCGAUCGAGGGAUUCUUCACAUGAGCGGGAAGGCCAACUCACCCCCUGCAUUCGGAAUGUUACGUCUCCAACUCGUCAAUACAACAGUGAACGUGAACGAGAGGGUGGAUCAUCAUCAUCAUCGAGGCCAAGUAGCCCAAGGCCACAGAGGGUCUCACCCAGCGGCUCCAGCAGCAGUGGGGUGGUGAGCAGUCGCAACAGCAGCUUGUCCAGCACCGAAGGAAACAUUAAAAGCUUGGGGGUUGGAGAAAUGGUUUUCGUCUACGAGAAUCCUAAGGAGGGCAGCACAAGUAUCACUGUUGGAAGCAGAAACAUCCGGACCUCAGAGAGAGUCACACUGAUUGUGGACAACACGCGCUUUGUAGUGGAUCCUUCCAUCUUCACAGCACAACCCAAUACCAUGCUGGGCAGAAUGUUUGGAUCCGGAAGAGAACAUAAUUUUACACGGCCCAAUGACAAAGGAGAGUACGAAGUGGCCGAGGGCAUUAGCUCAACUGUUUUCCGUGCAAUUCUGGAUUAUUACAAAUCUGGGAUCAUCCGCUGUCCAGAUGGAAUCUCCAUCCCUGAGUUACGGGAGGCGUGUGACUAUCUAUGCAUCUCCUUCGACUAUAGCACCAUAAAAUGCAGAGACCUUAGUGCACUGAUGCACGAGCUUUCCAAUGACGGAGCUCGGAGUCAGUUUGAGUUUUACCUUGAAGAAAUGGUUCUGCCUUUGAUGGUGACCAGCGCUCAGAGUGGAGAGAGAGAAUGUCAUAUUGUAGUCCUCACUGAUGAUGAUGUAGUGGACUGGGAUGAAGAGUAUCCACCACAGAUGGGAGAGGAGUAUUCUCAGAUCAUUUACAGCACAAAACUAUACAGAUUUUUCAAAUACAUUGAGAACCGAGAUGUUGCCAAAUCAGUUUUAAAGGAGAGGGGACUGAAGAAAAUCCGACUUGGCAUUGAAGGUUACCCCACAUAUAAAGAGAAAGUGAAGAAACGACCAGGAGGACGCCCCGAGGUCAUUUACAACUACGUCCAGAGACCCUUCAUCCGCAUGUCCUGGGAAAAGGAGGAGGGCAAAAGCCGCCAUGUGGACUUCCAGUGUGUGAAGUCCAAAUCCAUCACCAACCUGGCUGCAGCAGCUGCAGAUAUACCCCAAGACCAGCUGGUGGUGAUGCAUCCGGGCCCGCAAGUCGAUGAACUGGACAUCCUGCCAAAUCACCCUCCCAGUGGGAAUCACUACAGCAACAACUACAGCAAUGAGCCUGAUCCUGAUGCACCUUCACCUGCCGUCUGAGGACUCUGCGGCCCUCGUGAAACCGCCUCUGGCCCCUCUCCUAUUCUUCUAGUUCUGUUCCCAGCAUGCUGCAGCAUGGAGCACCAGGGGCACCAUAACCGUAUUGCCUUGACACCUCCUUUGCAGCCUUAGAGCCUCAAGAACCUGGAAGACUCUAGACAAAGAAACGAGGAAAUCAAGACUGGUAAAAAGGAAAUGUUCACUGUCGUUUUCAUUUUGGGUUUUUUUUUUGUUUUUUACUUGACCAAAGGAAUUUAUUUUUGUUUUGAGAGAAAAAAAAUCUUUUCAACCCUUAGUAUUCACAUUAUUAUUUACAUUCUUACUGUUGCUUAAUUGGAUGGGUUUGGCUGAGCACUGUUGUGGUGUCGCUGUUUUCCUUUUUGGUUCACUGAUAAUUAGCUUUUUUUUUUUUUUAUUGUCUCGGUUGGCUUCCUAUAUGUGCUUUUGAUGGAAAGAAUGUAAUCCAGAGGAAGUCUGACAGCAAUGUCAUAAGGAAAAAGAUCCAGCACCACUUAACCUCAUGAUGAACCGUUGAACCUGUGGUCCUGUCCUGUAACGGGACACGGGGACCUCGGCCACAUCCGACGUGUUGUGCUCUUCCUGCAGCAAACGUACUGAGCAAAGCACAGGCUGUUGUGAACAGUGUUUCUCUUUUUCUCUUUUUUCUUUGUGCAAAGCUUGAAAUUGUUGUUUGAGACGAAACAUGAAAUCGUGAAUUAAAGAUUCAAAAAAUAAAAAAAA